AUUAACAAGGCGAUGAGUCCUCCACUGUAGACCAGUCGCGAACGCGCCUCUGCUCUGUUGCCUUGUCCGACAACAGGUGUUCCUCGCGCAGGAUCUCCGCCGUAGCCCAGAAGCCGGAGCUCUGUACCUCAAACUGCAAAACUCCACCAGAGAUAAAUUUCUCUGGACCGAAAACGAAACCCUGUGGUACUUCGUCUCAAGCUUCGCUCUACGCUACUCGAGCCAGAGGAAGUCAUUCUAGAAGACUCUAGUACUCCAGUGUCGAGCAUUCCGGUCUGUCUAGGAUAGGGGAGCAGUCGUGUUGGACCAAAAUUUCAUUUGUGUGGAAUUCGAACCACAGGAAAAAUGCAGCUGGGAUCUGCGACAGUCUUGCUGCUCUUGAUCGGCCUGGUGGUCUUAACUGCUGGGGAGAGACAGCGGUUUUGCUACAAGAGAGUGGGGUACACGCGCAAGCACGGGGAGACACAGCAUGUGCAGAGGACAGUGAGAGAUGAGUCUUGUGAAGGACCAUCAUGUGUGAAGUACGCCGCAGAGGGGAGGCCAGUCACACACUAUAAGACUGAGGUGGUGUUCCGCACGGAGAGGCACUGCUGUGCCGGCUACCAAAGAUCCCCAGAUACACCGGACGCCUGCGUUCCCAUCUGCACCAGGGGCUGUCCUCAAGGAGAAAGUUGCACCGCACCCAACAGGUGUGAAUGCGCAGAGGGCCACGAGAGAGACUCCGAGGGGCGGUGCGUCCCAGUUUCCGUGCCACUGCCGGAAGAAGAACCCAGAACCCUGCAGUCGCAGAUCUUGUCAUACGUCAACCUAUUGCUCGACGGCGUGAAGUCUCUGCUCUGGGAGGAAGGCGACCACAAGCACGCACACACCGCCGGCUCUCUGCUGCCGGCUCGCAAGGAGAACCUGAUUGCAAGGGGUGCGACAGACGAAUUCAGUGAAGAAGCUGCGGCAAACUGCCGGCGCAAUGGAACUGCAGUGGAGAACUCCCUCCCGGCUGGAGCCCUGGAACAGCGCUGGAACAGCAGCUGCUCGUCUGACGGCCGCCCGCUCCUGGUUCCCCUGGCGAUGGGCGGACAGCGUUUCGCCACAGCCGAGUUCUGAUGACGUCACCGUGACAAGUCGCUGUGACGUCACCGCUGCGCGAAGCGGAUCAGCUGCUGUGAUCUCGCCGUCCCGUUCAACAGUGAUGUCAGCUUCACGCACCACGGCAUCCGGAGCGGUGUCAUCGUUACCACAACACAACUCCUCUCAUCGCUUUUAAUUUAUCGUUUCAUCACGUCAUUCUCCAUCUCCUCUACAAUUUUACAUGACUACUCAACUCAUCAUUGUUUUAAUUUAUCGUUUCAUGUUUUCCUCCACAAUCUUCCACACACUUGUAAAUAGUGCUUUGGUUCGAUAUAUUUAUUUUAAAUCAGUGUGCUGUUAGUACAUAAGACAUUGUAGUUACCUAUUUAUCACUUGUGCAGCUAUUGCUGAGCAAGAAGACCAGAAAAACCUCUCGAUGUAAAUACCUAAUUUUCAUUGAACGCAAAUAUUUUUAUUCUCGUCUCUGUUUGACUGCUGUGAUCGCCAAUCUAAAUACACAAAAUGCCUGUGCCAGUCAGUUUAAUGGCAUGAUUCCUGAGAACCACAAACACACUUAACAGUAUUAUAAAUGAAGACCACGUCUUCUGGUAUAGGUUCCUCCCUACGAUUUCAUAUGCCAACGAAUGGGAAAUUUCAAUAUGAUAGCAAAUAUUAUGUUUCCGCAUUUCAGGAAUUUCACUCCAUUUUUUUCGGAAUGCUUCAGUGGAAAUUUUAACACAUUUUCUUAACUUUGUCAAAAUGUUAUCUUACAUAUUUGUCACAAUAAGCUACCUUUAGAAGUCGCCAAGAUUAUUGUAAGGUGGUUUUGCUGUUCAAUGUGCUUUCGAGUUGUUCGCAUCACUGCCAAACGUUAAUGUUCAUUUUUACUAACACUUUGAACUACUUUUAUACUUUUGUAGAUUUAUUAUUUAUUUAUUUAUUUUUGCAAUAAAUGAGUGAUUCAAUCAAAUAAUUU